AUUUUAAUGAUAUUUCUUUUUGAUUUGGGUAUUCUAAUCUCAUUGCAUUCCUAGUCUUAUAUCUCGUAUUCCUGGUGUUACAUUGUGAUUUGGGUAUUGUCAUCAAGAGCUGCGGAGUCAAUUUGAUUUGAUGGAGUCCAUGGGGCAUCUGUUUAAGGAAUCCCCUUACAGAAACGAGGAGGAUAUCAGUGGCUUGUUGCACCUUACAAACGCCGCUAAUGCAGAAAAAACCACGCCCUCUAAAACUGCUUUGUCAGAGAAAGUCAGACGUCAGAAGAUGAAUAAUUUGCUCUAUACGCUGAGAUCUAAGGUUCCAAAGGUCACCAAGAUGGACAAGGCAUCAAUCUUAUCAGAUACAAUUGACUAUAUCCAAGAACUUACAAGGCAGAUUCAUAAUAUAGAGGAAGAAGAUAUGAACAAGACAGCGGCCUCCAAUACAAAUAUAUGUGUUAAGUAUGUGUUUAACACUCCAGAAGACUUCACUGCAUUAAAUCAUGUUUGUUCAUCAAAGACCAAUAACAAAAAGUUUUUAGUGCAGAUGACUGUAAAAGCAAUAAGUGCAAAUGCUACAGAAAUUCAAUUGGUAAGACAGCAUCAUGAGGGAGAAAGCUUGGAGAUGAAGAGCUCGGGAGUAUUUUCUUUUGUUCAUGGAGCCACAACAGCAUUGGAAUCUCUAUCACUCAAUAUUGUUAAGGUUACAUUCGUCAGAGAACCAUUGGAAUGCCUCAGAUUCUUUGUGAUUUUCUAAUCCUUUUUGCAGAGCAUCAGGAACAAUUAAGACAACAUAGAAAACACACCAUAACACAAGAUAUUUAAUGAGGAAACCCGGUGUGGGAAAAACCUCGGUGGGAUUUGUGACCCACAAUAUUCACUCACUGGCCAAUGAAUAAAUAUUACUUACAAGAGGGGUCUGCACAUGCAGGAAGGCCAACUGCCUAGAGCUCACUGCUCAAUCUACAAAAUGGAAGUCUCAUUGACUUACAAAUGGAUUAUGAAAAUCCAAUAUAAUGUACUGCUACAAUUCAACAUCUACUAUGCCAGGUUUAGUACCAGUUUAAGCUCAUACUUUAACCACAAAUCUUAUUCAAAAUCUGCCUUAAUAUUCACUCAU